UUUCAAGAAUUUACCUGUUGGAAGAACCCCACCAGAAGAAAACUCCAAAAAACAGACUAAAAAUCCCAACUUUGAGUUUUUCUUUCAACAAUUAUAAGUUUCAGUGAAAAUCUCAAGAUGUAAUUUUUUUCAAGAAUUCAUCUUUUAGGAAAACCCCAUAAGAAGAAAACUCCAAAAACAGAUUCAAAAUCUCACCUUUUUUUUAGAUCUUUUCAACAUUUUUCAGUUUAUUAGCUUACAAAAAUCACUGAACAAGGAAGAAGGGAUUCAAGAAAAAGUGGAAUAAAAAUGUCAUUUGUUUUAGGGGUUGUGUUUGGAAUAGCAUUUGGACUUGCUAUAAUAGUUGCUUUUGUGAAAUCUGAAAAUGCUAGAUCCAAACAACGUACUGAUCUGGCUAGUGGAAUUGCUGCAUUUGCUAGAAUGACAGUGGAAGAUUCAAGAAAAAUCUUUACACCAGAACAAUACCCUUCUUGGGUUGUUUUCUCAAAUCAACAAAAGGCUAGUGGAAUUGCUGCAUUUGCUAGAAGGACAGUGGAAGAUUCAAGAAAAAUCUUCACACCAGAACAAAUACCCUUCUUGGGUUGUUUUCUCAAAUCAGCAAAAGAUGAAGUCUUUAACUUUUCUUUAGGAUGUAUUUGGUAGGACGUAGUGGCUGAGUCAGAAUUUUUAGUUUAUAUGGGUUCUAGACCAUUGGUUCUUUUUUGCUUUGUUGGGUUUCUGAAAAUUAUGUUGUUCGGACUCUCAAAAAAUGUUGUUUGUACCCGUGUCGGAUUCUCUAAAGUUGCACUAGUUUGGAGUAUACGCCAGUAACCCAUCACCCAUCACCAUUUUUGAAGAGUCCGAGCAACAUUGACUGAAAAGACUAUUUAUACAUCUUAACAUUAAUAUAGGGUUAAACCAAAGCUACUGGAUUUUGCCGUACUUGUAGCUAAAGCAAUGUCAUUUAUCAUAAAUCUGUAAAAUGACUUAUUUUCUGGAAAAUGUUUUUCGUGAUGGAUUUUUUUCUGGGAAAAGACAUUUAUUGUAGAUUGAAUCAGCAAAUUGGAUAGUGUUUUGGUGAAAAAUAUGUGAGUAGUAAAGAUUGAUAAUAAU